AUGCUGCUGAUGAUGAUGAUUGCACACAACACUCAGGUGUAUCAGGUAACACGUUCCGGACACGAGCAUUGUGACGUUACCGAGGGUAUCCUGCUGGAUAUAACACCACUCAUCGUUGAUGGCAGAAAGUUGGUAACACUGUACGAUAAGGACCUAACCGAAGGAGUUAACUUGCUAAUUGUGGUCUCUGAACUAUGGGGUUCACAGUGUGUCCGUCUCAAGGUCACCACAAAAACCGAAAAUUGUGGUGAAGGUGCUGAUUGCUCCGGUAAAGGUGUUUGCUAUUCGAACAGCGACAUGGAAGAGUAUGAAUGCCAGUGUUGCAGUGGUUUUGCCGGACCACAUUGUGAAGAGAUUGAUGCCUGCACACCGAGUCCGUGUACAAAUAAUGGCAUUUGCGUUGAUUUGUCACAAGGUCAUGAGGGUAAUUCGUAUCAAUGUUUGUGCCCGUACG